UUCAUUGUGCGUUUUUAACGCGCGCUUUUUGCGCACGGCACCUUUAUGUGCUACAGGCUAGAUGCUAACGCUGGUGCUGCAUUAGCUGCUCUGCUGCCUCUAGAUAAACGGAGCAGUCCCUGCGACCAGCGGCCUACAUCCAGUGGGUUAUACACUCCGAGGGAAAGUGCCAUCGAACUCUAAAAGAGUGUAGUGUGAAGCACCCAACUCCGAGAUGGGCAAAAAGUCACGUGAAGAGGAGUCCUCAUCUGAUGAAGAAGAGUAUGUUGUGGAGAAGGUGCUGGACAGGAGGGUGGUGAAAGGCAGGGUGGAGUUCUUCCUUAAGUGGAAAGGAUACUCUGACAAGCACAACACAUGGGAGCCAGAGAAGAAUCUAGACUGCCCUGAGCUUAUUUCAGAGUUCAUGAAGACCUAUAAGAAAAGCAGCAGCAGCGGUGGUAGUUCGACACCUAGCAGCGGGGCCAGUAAAUCAAGCACAGGCUCAUCUGGACGCACUAAAGAUCCCAGCAGCUUAAAAAAGAAGGGCUCUGAUGAAGAGGAGGAAGAAGAGGAAGGAGGAAGUAAGCCAAAGAAGAAGAAAGAGGAUGAGAUCCUAGUUGCACGUGGCUUUGAGAGGGGCCUAGAGCCAGAGAAGAUCAUUGGGGCAACCGACUCGUGUGGAGACCUCAUGUUUCUAAUGAAGUGGAAAGACUCUGAUGAGGCAGAUCUUGUUCUCGCCAAGGAGGCCAAUCAUAAGUGCCCACAAAUCGUCAUAGCCUUCUACGAGGAGCGUCUCACCUGGCACGAAGACGGCGACAAGAAGGAGAAGGAUGCUGUUAGCGCGUGAGUGUAUCACCUCGGGAGGAAUCCUCCACUGCAGGGACUACCUUAAGUCAGACAUUUUUUUCCUCCAUAUCCAAAACUUUCAUGUACCACGUCCAAAGGCAACACAAUGACAGGCGAUGCAUCUUUCUCUUGUCCUCCCCUCCUUCCUCCAUCCACGUCCCACUGGAGCACAAUGACCCGGGCUGCUGAGAGGGGGCCGUCGGGCUGGAGGAGAAGAUGUAGUGGGUGUGGGUGAAAUGCUACUUGGGGAACUUUCUACUGUAUUGUCUUUGUAUUCAUUACCUUUUUUUAAUAUCGAUGUAUGUUUUAGUGCUUACAGGAUGUGAUUCUAUCAGUGAGGAGUGCAGUGUUAUGAUCAGGUGGGAUUGAGUUGGAGUAUUGACAUUAUGGAAGUAACCAUCUCUGCACUUUCCUGUCUGUUUAAUCAUGUCCUUUUUAAACUUUUUAUCUUUGUAGAUUUUUUUUUUUUUUUUACCAAAAUACAACGUUUAAAUUUGAACAAUCUUUGCUUGGUGAUUCGCUUGCUAGAAUUUUUUUAUUUGCCGUUUUAUUUUGUUGCUGCCUAGUGGUAACAAAGUAAAACCGCAUAGACCGUGACCAAAACAGAUGACAGCCUCUGAGGUGUGUGUGUGUGUGUUUGUGUUAAUCAACUUAAGUAUUUUUUUAGACAUUUUUAUUUCUCUAAAAUCCUCCCUACACAAAAAAAAAAACAUUUUACCCUUUUCAAAUGUGAGAUAGCGGUCAAUUUCAAUAACUUUUUAGUUUUGUUUUUCUGGGUAAUUUUAACAUUUUGGACCAAAUAGUUGGUGUAUUCAGAUGUUUUUCCUGGUUUAGUAAAACCUUAGUGACUUGCUCCUUUUUUAUACAUUUUAUUCAUAUGACCAGUUUUUAAUGUUAAUUUGCCAAGUCGGUUGGGUUCUUCCAUUAAAAUGGUUUUGUCCUAACUUUUUACCCAAGCAGAAUUUCCAGAUUGUUGAGCGGUUUUCUUGUGUCAAAAUAAAUGUUACAAACAUGUGUACUGUAUCACCCUUUAAUAAACAUUUUCAAUGGUAAA